CGCCCCUGCCACCUCCCUCAGGGCUCUCCGAUGCAGCUCCGAGCGAGCUGGGGAGGGGGCUGCCCCGCGGCCUCAAAGUUGGUCAUCGCUAAGUGCCUGCUGCAUCCUAGGGAGGUCUGUCAUUCUUUUGGAAAAUGGGAUCGAACCCGUUAUGUCUCUGGCUUCCUCAUUUUCUGUCACUUUGAUGAAUCUGGACCACACUUGAGUUAAUACUGAACGGCAGCCGUGUGGACAGAGAUGGAAAAAAGCAACGUCCGUCUGAUCUCAUUGCUGUUUCUUUCUUUCCCCCUCUGCCAGCGUCCUAGCCUGUUCCUCUAACCCCAUGAUGGCGGUGGACAUCGAGUGCCGAUACAGCUGCAUGGCCCCUUCCUUGCGCCGAGAGCGGUUCGCCUUCAAGAUCUCACCAAAGCCAAGCAAACCUCUGAGGCCUUGUAUUCAGCUGAGCAGCAAGAAGGAAGCCAGCGGAGUGGUGGCCCCAACCGUCCCGGAGAAAAAGGUGAAAAAGCGAGUGUCCUUCGCAGACAACCAGGGCCUGGCCCUGACAAUGGUCAAAGUGUUCUCGGAAUUUGAUGACCCGUUAGAUAUUCCGUUCAACAUCACUGAGCUCCUAGACAACAUCGUGAGUCUGACGACAGCAGAGAGCGAGAGCUUUGUGCUGGAUUUUUCUCAGCCUUCGGCAGAUUACUUAGACUUUAGAAACCGGCUGCAGACCGACCGCGUCUGCCUGGAGAACUGCGUGCUGAAGGACAGAGCGGUCGCCGGCACCGUGAAGGUGCAGAACCUGGCGUUUGAGAAGACGGUGAAGAUCAGGAUGACCUUCGACACCUGGAAAAGCUUCACAGACUUCCCCUGCUGCUAUGUGAAGGACACUUACUCCAGUUCAGACAGGGACACGUUCUCCUUUGACAUCCGCCUGCCUGAGAAAAUCCAGUCUUACGAAAGAAUGGAGUUCGCCGUGUGUUAUGAGUGCAACGGGCAGACGUACUGGGACAGCAACAAAGGCAAAAACUAUCGCAUCACCCGGGCGGAAUUGAAGUCCACUCAGGGCCCGGCCGAGUCACGAAAUGGACCCGAUCUGGGCAUCUCCUUUGACCAGUUCGGAAGCCCUCGGUGCUCCUACGGUCUGUUCCCGGAGUGGCCCAGUUACCUAGGGUACGAAAAGCUGGGGCCCUACUAUUAGUGGCCACGGGUGACGGAGCCCCGCUGAGUGGGUGCAGACGAGCCCCGCUGCAGUCACCGUGGGACGGAGAUGGAAAGCCAAGAGAAUAGCCGAACUGCCGUCAGGCACACUUUCCGAAAAGAAAGGAUCCUAUUCACUUCUUCCUCCAACCAGCAAGUCCGGCCCGGCUCAGACCACAGAACCAGUUUCACGCUCAGAGUGGCCGCGGUGUGCCGGUCUGCUUGGCACCCGUGGCAGCCACACGGGACGAUGGUGCCAGAGAGGGUCUGCACAGGAGCCAGGCCUGCAGGCAGUGCUGGCGAGGCUAGAGGAUGGUGGCUUCCUAACGAUGCGACGCGGAGGGUGCCCGGGCUGUGUGGAGGAGCGGCUGAGGACAGUCAGUCACUUGGAUGUCACUCCCUCCCCAGCCACCUUCUGGCCCCUUGCCGCUCUCUGGCGUCUCUCCACCCAGCCAGGCCUUCCUACCUCUUGCUGCUGUCUCACGUCUACGCGUUCCUCACAUUGUGCCUCCGUGCCUUUUUUUUUUUUGGUGUUUUUCUUCGACAGUUCAUCUGAUGUUCAGGAAACGAUAAUAAAGGCAGAUCGGCCUGGGAGACAGGCAUUUCCUCUUGCUGGGCCCCGGGUGUAUUUCCAGCGGAGAGCAGCCUGCCGGUGAUCCAGAGGAACUGGCGUCCGGGCAGCGGUGCGGAUUGCCGGCUCAGGACCGGCAGGACAGCCGCGAGUGGGACACGUUUCGCUUCUCCUCUUGGCUUUUGGGGGAGCUUUCUAAGCACUCAGACUUACCCGGAGUCACCAGGAGGCUCACUUCCAAGGGGUGUUUCAACUUGCUCGGCUGGUUGGCAGGCGUCUCGUUCUUUAUACCAGGAUUUUAGAUCGCCCUUUCUGGAGACUCAUCUUUUACACUGUGUUCAGGACAUUGGGAUUGGCAGAUCCAAUAUAUCCUCAGAGCCUUCCGAAAACGUUUGCUUUUAUUUUGACUGUGAUUUUCAGGACCCGGGACAUGUUACAGGCACCCAGGGACUUUGAUUUGGGUGUCCUUAUUUAUGCGAAAGAGGCAGAGGAGGAAAACCUAAGUUCUCCUAUGUUUGCCAGCUCUGCAAUAGCAGACAUCAAUUGUUCUCCACCAUGUCGGACAAAAGAAUUAAAAAUCUGGUGGGUCAUGUGGUUGUGAGACUCCUGGAACUUUCACUGUCAGAUGGAUCCCCAGAUCCUGUGAUUAUUUGGGGGCAAGCCUGGUUUGGACUUGGGGGUGUUUAAAAUAUUUUUACAUGUGUAUUUGUAGAAGGUUUGGGGUUUUUCUGUUUUUGUUUGUUUUUGUUUUUGGAGAUUAAAUGACUGUCUCGUU